AACAGUUGGACAGUAUGAAGUCUAUUCAGUUCUUCGAGUGGAUGUCUAGUGCAUGGUUAGAAAGAGAGACAGACACAACUAAUACAAGUAGAGAGACAGAAAAGUCAUGUUCUUCUUCCUGAGAGAAACCCAACGUUCUUUGAAUCAGAGCAAUGAGAGCGCGACUGCACGAUCAAGCAAGAAGGGUUCUCGAAAGAAGCCCAUGAAAUCAAGAUCCAAAAGCAAAUCUGGAGAUGCAUCAGAAAGUCAGACACAAAGAGAAGAGAAAGUCCCUGCAAGUGAACAGAGGAUUCCAAUUCCUGAGACCCCUGUGCUACGGUCUCUAAGGGAGCGACUAAAGCGUAGCACAUUAAAGGAUAGAGAGCUGAGACCAGAAGAGAUUGAAGAGCUGAGAGAAGCCUUCAAGGAGUUUGAUCGUGACAAGGAUGGCUUCAUUGGAUACAAGGAGUUGGGCGAGUGCAUGAGAACCAUGGGAUUUAUGCCUACUGAAAUGGAGCUCAUUGAACUCUCUCAGAAAAUCACAGGGGGUAAAGUUGACUUUGAAGACUUUGUAGAGCUGAUGGGACCAAAACUUCUUGCAGAAACAGCUGACAUGAUUGGUGUGAAGGAACUGAGAGAUGCUUUUAAAGAGUUUGAUUCAAAUGGUGAUGGCAAGAUCAGCACACGGGAACUGCGGGAGGCUAUGAAGAAACUCCUUGGUCAGCAACUUGGUCCCUGUGAAGUUGAUGAAAUCCUGAAAGAUGUGGAUGUCAAUGGGGAUGGACUUGUAGAUUUUGAAGAGUUUGUACAUAUGAUGUCUCGCUGAAAAGCUGAAGUGAAAUUUGGAGUAGCCCCGUAGAGGAGGUUGUGUGUUUGACUUUCAUUAUACCAAAUAAAUGUAUAUUAUUGUACUGAG